AUGAAUAUUUCAUGUGUGAUAACACUAAUCUUCUACGUAACACCAAUGUGUGUGCGCUUUUUCACUGGUGACACAAUUGAUAUAACAGUGGACGACUUCGUGACAUUGUAUUCGGGAAUUAGCUGCAAUUUUAAUCCGCUAGCAAUUCUUGCGGCUCUGUUCAUUAUGCAGGAGGAUGUGAAAGGAGCUGUACUGAGCAGUUUACCGCACUGCUUUCAUCGGCUCACCGCAAGUAUCGCACCAGACAAAACAUUUGGUGGCAAUCUCUCGACAACGGUUAAUCCCACAGCCCAACAAAGAAGCACCACGACGGCAGCUUUUUGGCGUAGGAUACUGUGGCGUAUCAAAAUCACUUCGGUCCAACAACAUGAAACCGCAGCGAAUAUGUCUGCGCGAUAG